CAUGUUCUUGAUGCUGGGGAAAUGAACAGGCAUCCCGCCUAUAAAGCUGGCUAUACCGCCUAUCCUCGUGGUGGGGAGGGCGGUACCUUUUCUAUAUCUCCCCAUAGCAGAUUCCAGCCUCGGUCGCAGCCGGCUCUUCGACGUCGAAAACAACUAAUUCAACGACUUUGCAUCAUUGGCGGAAUUUCGUUAGUCUGUUUGAUUCUAAUAUUCCCGUCAUGGAGAGCAGCUUUUCUCCCUGCUGUGUCUCUUGGUCUUCUCUCAUCUGCGGAAGACGUUCAGUUGGAGACAGUGCGAUACUAUGAUCUCUCCAACGUCCAGGGAACAGCAAGGGGAUGGGAGCGCGAAGAGCGCGUUCUGUUGUGCACUCCCCUGAGAGAUGCGGCAGCCCAUCUACCGAUGUUCUUCUCUCACAUGCGCAACUUUACAUACCCUCACAACUUGAUUGACCUGGCAUUCUUGGUUUCUGACUCCAAGGACAACACAUUGGAGCUGUUGUCCUCGAUGCUACAGGAACUGCAAGAUGACCCGGAUCCUAAGAUGCAAUUCGGAGAGAUCUCGGUGAUCGAGAAGGAUUUUGGCCAGAAAGUGAACCAGGAUGUGGAGAGCAGACAUGGUUUCGCUGCGCAGGCUGGCCGAAGGAAGUUGAUGGCUCAAGCGCGAAAUUGGCUAUUGAGCGCCACGCUGCGCCCGACUCAUAGUUGGGUCUACUGGAGAGAUGCAGAUGUCGAGACAGCACCCUUCACCAUUUUGGAAGACUUGAUGAGGCAUAAUAAAGAUGUCAUCGUGCCGAAUGUUUGGCGACCUCUCCCAGAUUGGCUGGGCGGCGAGCAACCGUACGAUUUGAAUUCAUGGCAGGAAUCGGAGACGGCCCUGGCACUCGCAGACACGUUGGAUGAAGAUGCGGUGAUUGUUGAGGGAUAUGCGGAAUACGCAACAUGGCGGCCGCAUUUGGCAUAUCUUCGGGAUCCUUAUGGUGACCCUGAUAUGGAAAUGGAGAUUGAUGGCGUCGGAGGCGUCAGUAUCUUGGCGAAGGCAAAAGUCUUCCGUUCUGGUGCCCACUUCCCUGCAUUCAGUUUUGAGAAACAUGCUGAAACCGAGGCAUUUGGGAAGAUGUGCAAGCGUAUGGGAUUCUCUGUCGUCGGCCUUCCGCACUAUACAAUCUGGCAUUUGUAUGAGCCCAGCGUUGAUGAUAUCCGACACAUGGAGGAGAUGGAACAAGAGCGGAAGGCGCGUGAAGCUGAGGAGAAAGAGAGGGAAGAAAGGCAAAAGAAGAUCAAGGAGCUGUUCAAAGACACCACCGCUGAGUGGGAGAAAGAUGGCGCAGUGGUCCACGAAAUGGCACAGAAAGAGCAACAAGAACAGGCAACAAAGGAAGAGACAAAGAAGGGCUCUGAAGAGGGAUCCGCUGAAAAGCCAGAAAAGGAGAAACCGGCAGAUGAUGAAAAGCAAUGAGAAAUGUCCUUUUAGCCUUUCUGUAAGUCAUUCUUCUUUCAUUUUCACCCCAAGUCUGUGCUAGCUAGGGCAUUUCAACCUGUCCAGUUCUCAGCCGGAGUCUCUUCCUAUAGACACUAUCGUUUAGAUGCUAACUAAGAUCAGACAACUCCCUCC